AUGGCAGAAGGGAUUGACACUUUGCAAUCCCUGUACUCGCGUUCGGGUAAGUCGUUUUCCAACGGCCCCUCUUCGAACGCAGCGGGUGGGUCUCUUCAUACUGCUCGACGAGACCCAGGACAUCAACAAUCAGCUGGGCACGAGGCUCCCAGCUGUCCCACGCUGGUGGAUAGCCACGCCAGCGGACGAGGUAACUCGUCCGGACGACAUUCACGUCGCGGUGGUUCAAAAUACGCUCCACUAGAAAGCGUUGACCACCGCAUGAGUCCACCUAAAGAUGUGGUGGCGGCGGGAACACCUGAUCCGGCUCGAGGAUCCGAUCAGCUUGAUGUUCAGGAGCUGAACCGUCGCAUGAACGUUCGACUCAUUUUCUUCGUGACGAGCUGGCUGCAGCUCGUCGAGACAUCGCUGAGCUGCGUGAACAGGUCGCUCCCGCUAGUAGACCAGACUGGCUCGUUGAAACGGGACCACUCGAGGGUGGUCUUGGCUCUCGACCGCGGAGGUGUUCUUCGCAUCUCGAAACGGGCUCGUAAUGAUAGUACGGGCGGAGACGACCGACGUCAAACGUAG